UUAUAUUUAUAUAUAUGGACAUUUCCCUCCUUACUUUCCACACCAUUUGGUAAGCUAAAGCAAGAAAGAUGAUGAGUAAAAGCAACAAACACUAUUAUUUUCUAUUGAUAUCCCUCUAUUUUUGCCUUAUUUCUAACACUCUCUCCCCAAUUAAUGCUACUGAUCAAGUUGCUAACUUGUACAAGUUGCUCAAAUCUAAGAGGUCAAAAAACCCUUCUCUUGCUGCUUCUUGGGUCACAUUGCCAACCCAAAUCAAGAACACUCGGGUUCAUGCUAAACCUCAAGAUGGGCUCAUGGAGGCGGACAAGAUCACCACCUUACCCGGCCAACCGGAUGGGGUGGAUUUCGAUCACUAUGCCGGGUAUGUAGCCGUUGAUCAAACUAGCGAGAAGGCACUGUUCUAUUACUUUGCUGAAUCUCCUAAGAACUCAUCUUCAAAACCUUUGAUAUUAUGGCUAAAUGGAGGACCUGGAUGCUCCUCAUUUGGCAAUGGAGGACUACUAGAACUUGGACCUUUUAGAGUCAAAAGCGAUAGCAAAACACUAAUUCGAAAUCCAUAUGCUUGGAAUAAUGUUGCAAAUGUGAUAUUCUUGGAAUCACCGGCAGGAGUAGGAUUCUCAUACGGAAAUGAAUCAAUCAUCUAUAACCAAACAGGGGAUAUAAGCACGGCUAAAGAUGCCUAUACUUUCCUUGUCAAUUGGUUUGAGAGGUUCCCUCAAUAUAAAAACCGCGAUUUUUACUUAGCUGGAGAGAGCUAUGCUGGUCAUUAUGUGCCUCAACUUGCUUAUACCAUCUUGCAUAACAACAAGAAUGCAAACCAUAACUUCAUUAAUCUCAAAGGCAUCGCGAUAGGCAAUGCAUGGAUAGAUGAUGCUACAAACUCAGAAGGGAUGUAUGAUUAUUUAUGGAGUCAUGCUUUGUUUUCAGAUGAAACACAUGCUAAAAUCAAACAAUCAUGCAAUUUUUCGGAGACAUCUACUUCUGACGAAUGUGAUAAUUAUAGUAGUAUAGCAGGGGAAGAAGCGGGGAAUAUUGACAUCUACAACAUUUAUGCCCCAGUUUGUGUUAAGCUUGGAAUCAAAGCUCAUAUUCUUGAUUCAGUGGAAGUUUAUGAUCCUUGUUCUUCACUUUAUGUGGAAGAUUAUCUAAAUAAAAAAGAAGUGCAAAAAGCUCUUCAUGUCAAACCUACAAAAUGGGAAUCCUGCAGUGGUUUUGAAUGGCAUGAUAGUCCAUCCACUAUUUUACCAGUCAUUCAGAAGCUCAUGGCAAGCAACAUUAGUGUGUGGAUUUACAGUGGUGACGUUGAUGGACGUGUUCCGAUUACAUCAUCAAAGUACUCCAUUAAUGCGCUCAAACUUUCAAUUAAAAAUGCUUGGCGUCCAUGGUACACAUCAGAUAAUCAGGUUGGAGGGUAUGUAGUAGGUUAUGAAGGAUUGGUGUUUGUAACCGUUAGAGGAGCUGGGCACCUAGUUCCAAGUUACCAACCAGCUAGAGCUUUGACCAUGGUCUCGUCAUUUCUCCAAGGAACUCUGCCUCCAAAGUCGUCUUGACAUUGAUUUCUCCAUAUUAUGUGACGUUCUGACUUGACAGGGCCUUCUUAUUCCUCGAAGAAAAAAAAAUUAAAUUGUAUCCAAGUGCGUGGUGGAUAAUUGUAAACAAUAGCAAUAGGAAACCAUUGAUUAAGAAACUUUGCCCUACAUUGUGCUCCAUAUAUUUUUUUUUUCACUUCUUUCAUAAUUACUAAUAAUUAUAUAUAUUUUAUAUGUUAUUAUCUCUAACUUUAAUUACUUGUUA